CUUCUCGGUCAUCCCCCGGCGUGUCCCGAUCGGCGGCGGGGAGGGCGGAGGUAGCGGCUCGGGGUGGUGGCAGCAGCAGCAGGAGUCGGCCAUGUCGGGGAACGGUGGGGAAGACCUAGCAGCCUUCGUGGCGCUGCACGGCGCCGCGCUCCGCGCCUCCCGCGUCCCGGCGCGCUACUGGGAGAGCCUGCACCGCAAGCUGCGCGGCGAGGUGUUUGAUGCCGGUGACUACUUUGGGAUAAUGCAAGUAGAAGAGGUAGAUGAGGAAGAAGAGGGUGAUGAAGACAUGGGAGAAGAAUUGAAAAAGAAACCAAAUCCUGGAAAUGAGCCUUGUUUCAAAGUUAUUGUAACAAAUGAGAAUGGGCUUCAAGCCUCCAAUCCUGAUAGCAUUUUCCUCGUUGACCAUGCUUGGACAUACCGUGUUGAACACGCCCGCCAGCAGCUGCUUCACAUACCUGGUUUACUUCACAGAAUGGCAAAUCUCAUGUGCAUCGACUUUCAUGGAGAGAUCCCAGAUGAGGGCAGUAUUGAGCAAGUGUUGCAGGAAAUGUGGAAAUACAAUCAGACCUACCAACUUUCUCAAGGGACUGCAGAGGAGAAGGUUCCUGUCUGGUAUGUUAUGGAUGAAUUUGGAUCGCGCAUUCAGCAUUCAGAUCAGCCUAGCUUUGCAACAGCACCACUAUUCUAUAUGCCUCAACAAAUUGCUUACACUGUUCUCUGGCCCUUGAGAGAUCUUGAAACUGGUGAUGAAGUGACUCGUGAUUAUGCUUAUGGGGAAACAGAUCGCUUGAUCAGGAAGUGUGUUUUGUUACCAUGGGUGCCUGCUGGGGUAUUGGAUGUCAACUGUUUUACCCCAGAGCCAUCGGAUGAGCAUUACCAGGCUAUUUUAGCAGAAAAUAAGGAGAAACUGCCUAUAGCAAUAAACCCACCAGUUUAUGACAAAGACAAAGUUUUCAAGGUUUUCACAGACAUUCAGCAAGUCCUCAACAGCCUAACACAUCCCCGCUUUGUGUUCACAGACAACGAGAGAGAAGCAGACAUCCUCUACAACUUCUCACACUUCAAGGAUUACAGGAAGCUGAGUGAGGAAAGACCUGAAGUAAUGCUGAAUCAGUUCCCAUGUGAGAACCUCCUGACUGUCAAAGACUGCCUGGCAUCCAUAUCUAGACGAGCUGGAGGACCAGAUGGGCCAAGAUGGUUGCCUCGUACUUUUAAUCUCCAAACAGAAUUGCCGCAGUUCAUCUGUUACUUUCAGCAACGUGAAAGAAGAGGAGAAGACAAUCACUGGAUAUGCAAACCAUGGAACUUGGCCAGAAGCCUGGACAUCCACAUCACCAACAGCCUUAACAAUAUCAUCAGGCAUAGGGAAAGCAGCCCAAAGGUAGUGUGCAAAUAUAUUGAAAAUCCAGUCUUGUUUCACCGAGAAGAGGUGGGGAUGGUUAAAUUUGACAUCCGUUAUGUUGUAUUGCUGCGGUCCAUAAAACCACUCAAGCUAUAUAUCUACAAUGUAUUUUGGCUGCGCUUUUCAAAUCGGGCGUUUUCCCUUGAUGACCUGGAUGACUAUGAGAAGCAUUUCACAGUCAUGAAUUAUGCGCCUGGUGUAACAUUAAAGCAGGUACAUUGUGAAGAAUUUAUUCCUCUGUUUGAAAAACAGUAUCCUGAAUAUCCAUGGACAACAGUACAAGCAAAUAUUUUUAAGGCAUUUGCUGAGUUGUUCGAAGUUGCUUCAGCUAAACCUGCACCUCUUGGCAUCUGUGAUUAUCCAUCAUCAAGAGCAAUAUAUGCAAUUGACUUAAUGCUUAAAUGGGACACAAGCAGAGAUGGGAAGAGAAUUAUGCAGCCUCAGAUUCUGGAGGUGAACUUUAAUCCUGACUGUGAUAGAGCCUGCAAAUACCACCCUACCUUUUUUAAUGAUGUGUUCAGCACCCUAUUUCUGGAUGAAACAAAAAACUGCCAUGUGACACGUAUUGUCUAGCCACAAGACACUUGACUCUUUCCUUCACAGAUCUGCUUAACAGCAAUAUUUAAAUUUCAGUUCUGUGAGCUGUUGAUGCAAUUGUUUUCCUGUAUUAGUAACCCAGGAGAAAAUCUUGUAUCAGAAGAAUAUGCAUAUACUGUUUACUGUACCAAUGAUUAUUUUGUCUGCAUUUUCCUUGUCUUGCUUAAUCCUAUAAAUCACCAGCUUGUGUUGACCAAAUAUCUUGUUUAUUGAAUAUGGGAGACCUCAAAACAGGACUUUAACUGGAGCAAUUGACUUGUUUCUCAGGUAGCCUAAUCUCUUGUUUGCUUGCUGGGAAACAUUGCAUAAGUUCCCUGUGUCAACAUUAAAAUUAUAAUUUACUGAA